CUGUAAUACUCCUAAGGAAUGAAUGGACAUAUAAAGCAUAAGAAGAAGAAGAAGGGCAGAGACACGCGUGUGUUACUGCAUACAGGAGGGUGUUCACUAACCUCUUCAACAACUAAAACACGCGUUGGUUAUAUGUUAAGCUGUUUACUCACGAUUGUAGAUUUGCCAAGAUUUUGGAGUCACCAUGCCACCCAAGAAAACUGUGAAGAGAGCAGUUCCAGAGCCAGAGGACUCUAUUGCUGACAAAAAACGAAAAAUUGUAGUUUCUCACAGCAGUCAUGGCCAGGAGAAGGGUCUGGUUCUUGUUCUUGGCCAGGGUGAUGUUGGACAGCUUGGUCUGGGAGAGGAUGUGCUUGAGAGGAAGAAGCCGGCGCUGGUAACUCUUCCUGAGGGAAUCAUACAGGCAGAGGCUGGAGGCAUGCACACCGUUUGUCUCAGCGACAGAGGAAAUAUUUAUACUUUCGGCUGUAAUGAUGAGGGUGCGCUGGGCCGCGACACAUCAGAGGAAGGAUCAGAGACGGUGCCGGGAAAGGUGGACCUUGGAGAGAAAGUUGUGCAGGUUUCCGCAGGUGACAGCCACACUGCCGCUCUCACAGAAGAGGGAACCGUCUACGUCUGGGGCUCUUUUAGAGAUAAUAAUGGUGUCAUUGGACUUCUGGAACCCAUGAAAAAAUGCACAUUGCCUGUCAAAGUCCCUUUGGACAAGCCUGUGGUUAAAAUCGCUUCAGGAAAUGAUCAUUUGGCGAUGCUGACUUUGAAUGGAGAGCUGUACACCUCAGGAUGUGGAGAACAAGGACAGUUGGGCCGAGUAGCUGAGCACUUUGCUAACAGGGGAGGUCGGAAGGGAUUGAUGAGGCUUCUUGAGCCACAAAUGGUUAUCACAAGGCCACGGGGCAAGAUUGUCUUUACGGAUGUCUUUUGUGGAGCAUACUUUACCUUUGCUGUGUCUAAAGAGGGUCACGUCUAUGGAUUUGGCCUGUCAAAUUAUCACCAGCUCGGCACUAAAAGCACAAACACUUGCUUUGUCCCUGUCAAACUCACUGCCUUCAAAAACUCCACCACCUCUUGGGUGGGUCUCUCUGGGGGACAACACCACACUCUGUGUGUUAGUUCUGAAGGACAAGUGUACAGUCUUGGCCGGGCAGAGUACGGCCGUCUGGGCCUGGGGAAGGAUGCCACAGAGAAAAGUGAGCCCACACCGGUCACUGGGAUCAGCGAUGCUCAGGUGGUUGCCUGUGGUGCCUCCGUAAGCUUCGCUGUCACAAAACAAGGCUCUGUGUUUGCCUGGGGUAUGGGCACCAACAUGCAGUUGGGUACAGGAGAAGAGGACGAUGAGUGGACCCCUGUGGAAAUGACUGGCAAACAACUGGAGAACCGUGUAGUCUUAUCCGUGUCCAGUGGGGGGCAGCACACAGUCUUGUUGGUGAAAGACAAACAGGAAAGCUGAUGUUUAUCUCCUUGACUAGAAAAGCUGAGCCAAACUACUGUAUCAGUGGUAUCUAUAACCUAUAGCUUGAUCAGGAACUGGGGAGUCUGGGGUUUGUAAUACUUCCAAUGCUGAGCUAAGCCAGCUAAUGAGGGAGGAUGGUUGGUUAUAAAGAGGGUAGGAUGAAAAUCAUCUAAUUAAACCUUUUAUUCCACCUAAUGGGGAACCCAAACAUUCACUGUCUAUGGUCUGGUAGAUCAUGAUGAAACGGGAGACCAUUUUUAUGGACUUUGCUUUGCUUUAUUUUCUUAAUUCAUUUUUAACAAGGAUCUUUAGUAUGCUUCCUGGAGACUGCCUGUUGUUGAGUGUUGUAUGCAUGUAUAAAAUGUUUUUUAGAUGAGUUCCUAAUACUGUUUUUUUUAAAUUCCACAUUUUGGUCUAAGCAAUAAAGGUUACAAAAGCAGGUGUGAUCUACAACACACACAAUUUUUGGGAAAACACAUUUAGUAUUGCUGUAUUUUUGUGGCGUUAAACUAUUUCUUAAAAUCUUAAAUUGAAAAAUGAUUGUAUCCCUGCAUUGCUGGUCCUGUGGACAACUAAUAAAAAACCUUGAGUCUUUUCCGAA